UCUCUAUCUGCCUAUUCAGUCUUGGCGUACUAUGGUGAGGUACUAUUGUAAACAUAAAAGAAGUCUCAGAACAGCAACUAACUUGUUUCCGCACGUAAAACUAAAAAAUGAUAGUUUAAUCUCUGUUUAUUGUAGUAACUGAUGGCAAUAGCGAUUACACAGUUUCACUGUGAUCAAAAUUAAGUAGCUUUGGAUGAUCUCUAUUGACAGGAUAGAAACAUAAAUCUCACAAGUGUGGUUAUUAUAUUCCUUUUCAUUCUCUUAUAUGCGAUUAAGUGAAAUGGAUGAUGAUGCUGCUGAUGUUCUUUACGUCCGAGGAAACGGAAAUACUACAACUACAGAUAGCGAAGAUGUUUGGGAUGACAGCGCUUUAAUCAAGGCAUAUGACAAAGCAGUGAAUUUAGCGAAGGAGGAAGUUGCUAAGAGGAUGGGCAUGGAUACUGCAAGUUCUCUAACUAAACAGAAGAUACAGAAUCUAAAGCAAUCUCAGCAUGCGACUAAACCUUACAAGAAAUGGAUUGUAGGAGAACCUUGUCGUGCCAGAUACUCAGAGGAUGGAGCUAUUUAUGAAGCUGUAAUAUCAAAAAUCUAUGAGAACAGUGGAACGUGCAUUGUAAAAUUUGUAGGAUACGGUAACACGGAGAAAGUGGAGUUGAGCUCUCUUUCAGAGUCUCAUGGUACGUUGAGUCAGGUAGUUCAGCAAGAACAGGCCUUUGCAGAGAAACAGAAUGGAAAGAACGUGGAAACAAAAGAUGCGAAUUUUGCAACUGCUAGUUCGAAAAGGUGGACUGGAGAAAAAAUGGAAUGCGACGGAGAAGAUGCAAAAGUAUACAGGCAUCACUUUAUGGCUGGCCCGUCUUUCGCUUCGGCAAUAGAUUCAAUGCCACCUGCACCUCCAUUACCACCGCAAUUAAUGGCUAAACUUCCAGACAAUGAUGCGGACGCACUCUCGAGUAUGCUAAUGUCAUGAUACAUCAGUGGUUUUCAUACAGGUUAUUAUCAAGGCUUGAAACAAGCUAAAAGGAAUCAAGAAAAAAGAAAGAACUGUUGAUUGUAUAAGUAUUUGUUAUUCGUAUUAAUAAAUUAUCCUAGCAUCACUCUCCAUUAUUUA